GCGUCGUCGCCAAUCAGAAAAAAGAUGAUUACCGUUGAUAAAGAGAUCAAAUCCAAUAGCACCGACAAUCACCCCUGUCAACCUCCGUUACUGGAUCCAGCGAUGCAUUCAGUAACUUCCCUUCGAACCUCCAAUAAGUCUCUCUUUCUCUCUCCAUUCACCAACACCACUGGUCCUCUACUGCAUCCUCUCUUGGAGUAAAGAUCUCCUAGCCACCUCCUCGCCUUUUCCACACCCACGUCUAUUGCUCUCACGCGCCGCCAAAAUGUCCUCUCCUACAAUCCCAAUCUCAAAUCCCCAAACCCAAUCCCCAAUAGCAACUCCCGCUUUCCGCGCGUUCCUCUCCCGCAUCUCCACCUCCAUCCGCCAAGGCUUCUCUCAACGCCGCCCAUGGUCCGAGCUUGUAGACCGGAAUUACAUGGCCCGACCCGACUCCCUCUCUGAAGCUGCAACCCGUAUCCGAAAAAAUCUCUCAUACUUCAAAGUCAAUUACAUUACCCUACUCGCACUUAUACUCGCCUUUUCUCUCCUUUCUCACCCUCUCUCACUCAUCGUCCUCCUAUCACUCCUUGCCUCUUGGAUCUUCCUCUACCUGUUUCGACCGUCAGAUCAGCCUUUGGUUAUUCUCGGCCGUUCAUUCUCGGACCGUGAAACGCUGGGGAUUCUCGUCGUUUCGACAAUUGUUGUUAUUUUCUUGACUAGUGUAGGAUCGCUCUUGAUCUCUGCUUCGAUGGUUGGGUUUGCUCUUGUUUGUGCUCAUGGUGCCUUUAGGGUUCCUGAGGAUUUGUUCCUUGAUGAUCAAGAACCUGCUAGUGCGGGUUUAUUGUCUUUCCUUGGUGUCACCUCUACCUCUGCCGCUGCUGCAGCUGCACCCGCUGUUGCCGCUCGUGUUUGAUUGUAAUUGAACGCCAAGUGUACGGAUUGGUUCUGUUUAAAUUAGCGAUGAAAAGAUUCAUCGGUAUCACGAUUGCAAAAGAUUUGGUUACGAUUUUGUAGAUUGAAUGAAUUGAAAAUUUGAUGCAGUAUAAGAUCUUUCCAGUAAUUGAUUUCGCAAUGUGGUUUUGAUCUUGUAACGAUGGAUUUGAUAUUUUCAAGUACAUGCUUAUUUUUUCUAUUUUUAGAUU